UUAAUUGUUGUUAUUGUUGUUGAGUACGGUUCCCUUUAUUUUGGGCGGCGGGAGGAUUAAGACUGCACGAAUUCCGGGGGUGGGAAGGAGAGCGGGCGAUGGAGCGAGGGCCGCGGCCUGUGCUGUAGGCGCCGCCGGCAGGGAGGGGCGGCCUGAAAAGCGGAUUUCUGUUAUCUGCAAUAUUUUGCUUUUGUUGUUUUCAGAGAACAUUCUUGAUCAGUAUUUUUCUACCUUGAAGAAGAAAGCAAUGCUGGAUCAAGUUCUUGAAAUAAAAUAUUAGGCCGGCUGGCCUAUUGUUCCUGCUUUUUUGGAUCGGAUUGUUUGCAGUUUUCUAAACUGAUGGCAUUUUUCCAGAAUGUAGAAAAAUUUCAAAGAUAACAACAAAUGCAUCCACAAUUUCUGCAGCCACUUUUUUGAAGACCCCAGGAUAAGGCAGUCAGGUCCAGGGGACCUGCUAGCCUUUAGUCGUCUGACGAGCCAGUAACAUCUUAGUUCACAGUUUGGCUACUUUUGGGAAACGCCUAGCCCUUUGGCACCUCUGAGCUAUUCACACAACCUGCCAGAUUUUAAUCUGUCAUAGUCAGCUUGCACAGUACCUUCAAGAGGUCUCCUUUCCUGCCAAACAGAAAAACUGAUCUAUUCCUGAGUGUUCUACGUCAGAAAUCAAUACAGAGGAAACACGAAGCACAUCAAGCAUGCCUCUGGAGCCGGGUGAACCACGUUCACACAAUGCGGAAGAAGACUCUGAAAGUACCUGUCAUAAUAGACAGGAUGAUUCUGAAGUCCAGAAUCUACAAAAUCAACUGAGACAGAGUACUGAAAUUGCCCACAGUGGAAAUACUCUUCCAUCAGUACCUCCCAACUUGGUUUCUGUAGAAGAGCUGAUUGAGGCGGAAAAAGGAGUCUGUAAUAUGGCUCUAGCCCAUGAGAUAGUAGUUGAUGAAAGUUUUGUUAUCAAACAGCGUGAUCUACCAGAGAGCAGUUUUGAGAAAACUCUAGAAGACAUUAUGAAGAAGGCUUUCUGGGACAGUUUGCGAGCACAGCUGAAUGAAGAUCCACCAGUUUAUGACCAUGCUAUUAAGCUUCUAGGUGAGAUUAAAGAGAGUCUUUUGUCAUUCUUGCUGCCGGGUCAUACUAGGCUAAGGAAUCAAAUCAAUGAGGUUCUGGAUCUGGAGCUCAUAAAGCAGGAGGCUGAGAAUGGUGCACUACACAUCCCAAAACUGGCUGACUUUAUCAUCGGGAUGAUGGGAACACUCUGUGCCCCUAUCAGAGAUGAUGAUAUUAAGAUCAUCAGAGAUAUCACGGACGUGGUGGAAUUGUUCAGGGAGAUAUUUGCAGUGCUGGAUUUAAUGAAACUUGACAUGGUGAAUUUUGCCAUUAGCAGUAUUCGACCACACUUAAUGAAACAGUCCGUUGAUUAUGAACGGAAGAGUUUCCAGGAAUUCUUUGACAAACAACAUGGUUCAUUGGAAAUCACUACAGAAUGGUUGCAGGAGGCAGCCAGUGAACUCCUGAGCUCAGAUGCAGAUACUUCUGUGUAUGAUGGAGCUGCGGCAGACGCAAAAGACAUUUCUACGUUGUGCCCCACUUCAGUGUUAAACCAUGCAUAUGUGAAAUUGCUGAAAUGGGAUCAUGAUAACAGACUCUUCCCAGAGCCUGUACUCAUGGACCAAUCUCGCUUUGAGGAGAUGCAACGUGAAUUGAAUCAACUGACGAUUACAGCGGCUGUCCUGCUGGUCAUAUACAACAUGACGGGUGCAGCUUUAUCAGGGCUGUCAGGAUUUCUGGAUAGACUGAAGAGAGUUAUUAAAGUCUUAUUGACAGACAUGCAUAUGCUCUCCUUUCAUCUUUCUGAGGCUAUGGUCAGUAUGAGUGAGCAGAUCUGUGUGGAAGUAAAUAAGUGCUUAUCUCAACAUGGUUUCUCACUGCUAACUACAGAGAAAGAGACAGCGUUAAAAGGUCAAAUCCAGGCAAUAUCUAGUCCAGAUAAUUCUGUUCACAAACUGAUAGAUGCACGCAUUCAGACUUUCCUGAAGAUGAUCCUUGCAUCAAGCAAUCCGAAAUCAGUUGCAGUCCCCGGAGGACUUGGUCCUGUUAGAACUGAGUUGGAAGAAGUAACUGUCAAGUUUCUUCACCUUGUAAACUAUAACAAGUUGGUCUUCAGUCCUUAUUAUGACACAAUCUUGAUCAAAGUGCUCAAAAAGAAUGGCUCGCAGCUACCUGGGCUAAGUGAGGAGGAACAACUGUCCUCAAGAUAAUUUCAUUAGGAGCAUUGCACGUUUAAGCAACAAUAUCUUUUUUGUUUGUGUUUCCCUCCACAUGGCUUAGAAGGGGCCAAGCUGGUUGGGGAGGUGGCAUUUAUGGAGAAUAACUUUGCAUUGAGAUAAUCUAAGGUGGUGAGGGUGCAAUAUGCACGAGCACUUCAUGUUUCUGUAAAAUAGAAGGGAUGUGUUUCAGUGUUAAAGACUCCUGGUUUUCCUAAAGCUGGGAAAACAUUUCCACCUGUGUUAUCUUUUUACCAGUUUUGAAUUCCCUCUCUGAAAUUUACUUACUUUCCCACCCAUUACUAACAGUACAAUUAAUAGAACUACUUGAACAGACUGAUAUUAUAUACUAAUUGAAAUUUUGUUUGUAUCAUUUGUGAAGGUAGAACAUAUUCAUUAUACAGUUUAGUAAAAUGAUAACUUGAUAUGAUGCAGAACUUUAAUUCAAUAACUGGGAUGAUUUUUGAAACUAAAGGCCUCUUUACAAAGUGUGCUAAGCCACUUGUGCUUCUGGAGCGCUCAUAGGCCUUUGAUACCUCAAGACUUGAUGAGACCAUUCUAGUGUACUCCUAGCUAACCUGAGUUUCUGCCCUACUUAAGCUUAAACUAAUGUAAGCCUCUAUUGUUCCUACCCAAACCUGCAUCAGGUCCAUUACAUCAUCAGCCCUCAGUUAAACUUUGCCUGGACUUGAAAAUUUUCAUCCUUGUUUUCAGAUCCUCCAUGGCAGUAGGCCUCCCCACCUCUGUACCCACUUCUAGCACAUUUCACUGCAUUUCUCCAAUUCUGGAACAUCCCUAAUAUUAAAUCACUGCACCAUUAGUGAUCAUGCUGAGGCCCUAAGUGCUGGAUUUCCCUUCCUCAACCGGUGUAUCCCUCUAUGCACCUUAACAAAUUUAAGAUACUUCUCAACAUCUGCUUUUGGUUGUCUGCCUUAAUUUUCCCUUAUGUGGUUUGAUGGCAAUAUUUUACUUAAGCUUCUGUGAAGCAUCUUGGGCCAUUUAAGUCUAUUAAAUGCUCCCCAUGGUAUUACGUAAGGUCUAAUGUGUAGUGUUGCUCAUCAGUGUGAAGAACACUCCCUGACGGGAAUUCUGGUUGAAGCUAGAAUGGACUGUUCCUAGUUGACAACAGAUAUCCACACCAUCUGUUCAUGCCGGCUGACUGAAAUAAGGAAUAGGUAUAGAUUGGUGCUGAUUGCCUGGCACUAACUAAUGCCAUGAAAGUCUACUGCUGCAAAUAGUCUUGUGUCAGAGGCCCACAUUCUGUUGGAUAAUACAUACAUAACUGAGGGCUGGAUCUCAUCAAUGUUGGAAGUACCAAAUCCAAUUUCAGAAAUACUGCAGUUGACGUUUUGGCAUCUGUUUGUAAAUGAACUAUAAUCUGUGGUCUAUUACAGUUAUAAUAGUUCAAAUAUAAGAAACAGGUACAGUUGUCCAGGGACAAUAAUUCUGGCUUAUUUUUAAGAGGCUGCAAGCCAGAAUGUUACAGGUGACCAAUUGAAGAUUCUGCUGAAGUUGCAGAUUUCAUGUCAUCCUAAGUCAAGACCAAUUUGUUCAAAGCCUCGAAUGAUAUAUUCUUGGUGAAAAGACAGAACAGUUACUUCGAGUGCACUUAGUAUGCUUUGGAAAUAUUUUGAGACAGAUUAAUUGAAAAUUAGUGACCAUUAGAAAGAUAGCAUCACACAAGAUCCUAGGAAUGGGUGUGAAUAACUUUUACUGUGGAAUUUGAUGAGAAAAGGAAGGUUGGGAUCAAAAGUGAGAUAGAGGGAGGGUUGUUGCUUAGGGGGUCAGGUUAAAUGUGGAGGGAGUGUGGAGCAGUGCCCUCUUUUAACAUUAGGAGAGGUGGGGUGUAACAGGGCACAGGUCGGGGUGAGGAUAUCAAAUGGCAGUUUGGCAGCCUGCAAGUGUAGUGAUCUUUUCACACCAGCUUGGUUUGCUGCUAAUCUCUGGAGAUUUUACUGUGUUUCCUCUUUUGCUGUAGUGCAGUUUAAUUCUGUUCUAAAAAAUCAGAUAUUUGCACAACUUUCCAACCUUUCCUUGUUAUUUAUACCUUUCAUCAUGCAAGUCGCCAAACUAUUACUUGAGUAUAGUGGACCAUUCUUAUGACUGUCAACUGAAUGUGUUAAGAAAUACAGUCAUGCAGAAUGAAAACAUUUUGUUGCAUCAUUCAGUGGCCAAAAACUCCCUUGUGCUUUUGUUACUGCUGGCUACGUUGCAGUAUUGUAUUUCACUCACUUAGCAUUACACGUGUGUUGUUGCAUAAGGCAACUGUGAAGUGUGCAUUGUAUUAACUAAAGAUGCUACUUUACCAGUGUAAAUACUAGUAAUCUAUUUCACAGAACAAUUUGGAAGGUGCUGCCUAAUUUUUUUUUCGGCUGCUUGUUCCUAGAAUUUUGCACUAUAAUUAGGAAAUAGUGAGAAUGUAUUUAAGCAAGAAAGGCGAACUUGUAUGUAAUAAAAAAAAGUUCACCUGGUGCCAGUUUGUUUUAUUUUUAGAACAGACAAUAUACAGGAAUUAUGUAUUGGGUUAAGAAAGGGAAUACAAACCAGCUGUCUUACUUCUGUCCGCUUUACACUCUGAUCGUACUGGUAAAUUGUGUAUGGAUGGCCAGAUGAAAAUCAGUUUUCUCUCUCCAUCGCACUAGGCCUACUGGAUCAUGGAAAAACAAUAAACCA